ACACUUCAAACUACUCAUCAUCAUAAAAGCCUAAUAUAUAACUAAAAGAGUGUUAUAUAUAUAUAUAUAUGAAAAUGGUGAGUAAUAUGAUGAACAAUAGGGUUUUGGCUAUGGUGACCAUGGGUCUCUUUUUGUUGAGUUUGAGUGGGCAAUGUUAUGGUGGUGUGGUGUUGCAACCUGCAAAUAGCUACUACAACAAAAAAUGCACCAUCACAACCCCUGGUUUUUGGCCACUUUUUAAAUCUCAAACAACACAAGUGAAUGUUGAGGCAACCGUCAAAACUGUUGUUAAAGCUGCUUUCACUAAAGAUCCUACUAUUGUUGCUGCACUUCUUCGUCUGCAGUUUCACGAUUGCUUUGUUAAGGGAUGCGAUGCUUCACUUCUACUUGAUGGUAAGCAAAGUGAGAAGAAUGCUGGACCAAAUCUAAGCGUAAGAGGUUAUGAUCUUAUUGACACUAUUAAGAAAAGUUUGGAGAGUAAGUGUCGCCAAGUUGUGUCUUGUGCUGAUAUUAUCGCCAUUGCUACCCGAGACGCUGUCAGCUUAGCCAGUGGAGGAAAAGUGAAUUAUGGUGUAGAAGGAGGAAGGUUGGAUGGAAAAGUAUCUAAAGCUAGCAAUGUUGAUUUGCCACCUCCUUCAAUAUCAGUCUCUAAUUCCAUUAAAGCAUUUCAAAAGAAAGGACUUGGUGUCAAUGACAUGGUUUACCUUCUUGGUGGUCACACUGUUGGGGUGGCACAUUGCACUAUUUUCCAAGAUCGUCUAUACAACUUUAACGGCACGAAGAAAGCUGACCCAACAAUGGACUCACUGUUGGUCAAAUCUUUGAAGUCAAAGUGUCCUCAGAAACCAAACCCCGCCAACACGGUUUUCUUGGACCAAACUCCGGGGAGUUCCAUGGUUGUGGACAAGGCAUUCUUCAACCAACUUGUGAAGAAGAGAGGAGUUCUAAAGAUCGACCAAGAUUUGGCCAUUGACAAACAAACCAAAAAUGUUGUAACACAAUUGGCUAAUGGCGAUGCCUAUAACUUUGCCCAAAAAUUUGGACAAGCUAUGGUUAAGUUGGGAAGAGUUGAGGUCAUCACUGAUAAAACUAAAGGUGAAAUUAGAAGAUCAUGCAGAGUAACAAAUUAAUUAAAAGAUAAUUAAGAACCCUUUCUUAAUUUCAAUAAUUGAUGAUGAUGAUGAUUGUGUUUCAAUGAUUGUUAUAUUUACUUCUCAUUUAUUAUUCGAUUUUCUUCUUUUAGAAGAUUUUGUUGCUUUUUUAUUUCAAAUUGUAAGUUGGGUGUAAUAAUUUACUAUUCAACUAAAAUUAAUAAUAAAAUCAUCUUGUCAUAGUACAUAUUGUGCAU